UCCGCCUCCAUCUCCUCCUCCGCUAUCCCCACUCGAAUUGAGGGAAAAGAUUCUCAAACAAAUCGAAUACUAUUUCAGUGAUGAGAAUCUUCUAAGAGAUGAUUUCUUGAAAAUGAGGAUGGACGAGAAUGGAUGGGUUCCGGUUCAAGUGGUCGUGAAUUUUCGACUAAUGACUGCAAUAACAAGGGAUAUUCCACUUAUUCUCUUCACCAUGAGAGGAUAUUCACAAAUCGUGGAAGUGAAGGGAAAGAAAUUGAGGCGACGUGAUACUUGGCACUUGUGGUUAAGUUUUUGGGACAAUGGCAAAUUCAUCUCUAGAAAUAAAGAAACUAAAUUGUAUUUUAUCUAACUAACAAGACUUAUUUGUAGGGAGUAUGUUUUUUAAUGUUGAAGUAGAGAAACUAAAUAGAUGUAUAUUGUUUGUAAUUUAGUUUUGCUGAUCAAAG